UGGUCACAUCAGUUGCACUCAGACAAAUGAUCACUAAACUGAAUGAUCACCAGACUGAUUUGACUUGAGGAGUUGUAUUUUUUUCAUGUUCUCAUGAAGACAAUGCUGCUCACCAAGGGAUGAAAGAGGAGUUUUCUGACCGAAACAAAAUCUGCGGUCGUUUUCGGAGGUGUCUGCCCUCGUGCCCCUGCACGUGUGAGCGAGUUAUGGUUGCCUGUAAGGGUGUGUGGACAAAGCGGUUUUGGCGAGCAGUGUCUGGAGAGUUUUUGGCCAUGUUGAUCUUUGUGCUGCUCAGUCUGGGGUCCACUAUCAACUGGGCAGCAACCACAAAGGACAGCACUCCUCCUCCUGACCUUGUUCUCAUCUCUCUCUGUUUCGGCUUGUCCAUAGCCACACUCGUCCAGUGCUUCAGCCAAAUCAGCGGUGCUCACAUCAACCCAGCAGUCACAGUGGCCCUGGUGGCCACCCGUAAGCUGAGCCUGGCAAAGUGCAUUUUGUAUUUGGGAGCACAGUGUCUCGGGGCAAUAGUGGGAGCAGCUAUCCUGUAUGGUGUGACUCCUCCUGCUGUGAGAGGGAACCUGGGGGUCACCUCGGUCACCGCUCAUAUCUCUGCUGGUCAUGCCCUGGUGGUUGAACUCUUCAUCACCUUUCAGCUUGUCUUCACCAUCUUUGCCACCUGCGACCCAAAGCGCACUGACCUGAAGGGCUCAGCAGCACUGGCUAUCGGCCUGUCAGUGUGCAUCGGCCACCUGUUUGCUAUCCCCUACACUGGUGCUAGUAUGAAUCCUGCUCGCUCAUUUGGUCCUGCAGUCAUCAUGGGACAAUGGGAAAACCACUGGGUGUACUGGUUGGGUCCAUUAAUGGGAGGUGUCCUGGCAGCAGCUCUAUACGAGUACCUGUUCUGCCCUGACCCUGAUCUAAAGAGACGCUAUGGCAGCGUCAUCUCUAGGACCUCCUUUCCCACUGCUCAGUUCCAAGGCAUAGAGCCAGGCACUUUCUCCAGUGACCAAGCUCAGCUGAUGAUCAAGCAGCCAGCAUUCACAGUGCUGGAUGUGGAGCGUGCUGAGAGGAAGGAGAGAGAGACAGCUGGCGAGGUGCUGUCCUCUGUAUGACAAUUAAGAUGCACUGAGGAAGAAGACCUGAGCUCUAUACACUACACCACCAGCCAGCUCAAAGAGACCGAACUGUUAUAGAGGUGUGUGUGUGUGUGUGUGUGUGUGUAAGGUCCCUGACACACCAAUCUGAUGAUGAUUGAUUGUUCUAUAAAACGUCACACUCAAACAUACUAUAGUGUACAGCUCAUGUUCUGUUUCUGCACAAAAGCAUAUAAUCAUCCACACCAGGACGUAGUAGUACUGUGUAUUUGUUAUGAAAAAAAAAGCAAAAACUGAAUGAGCCAGUAGCACAAGUCUAUGUUCCAAAUCACAUAGAACUGUACUAAAUAGUAUGUUUAAAGAGAAUUCUUCCCAAUAGCAUCAGUACAUACAGUAGUGAACUAUUAUACAGUGCUGUGCUCUGCCUUUUUUUUUUUUUUUUGGGCAGAAAAAAUACACUAUAUGGCCAAAGGUUUAUGGACUCCUGACCAUCACACCCAUAUGUGCUUGCUGAACAUCCCAUUCCAGAUUUAAUCCCCCUUUGCUGUUAUAAUAACCUCCAUUCUUCUGGGAAGGCCUUCCCCUAGAUUUUGGAGCGUGGCUGUGGGGAUUUUUGCUCAUUCAGCCACAAAAGCAUUAGUGAAGUCAGGCACUGAUGUUGGGUGAGGACAUUUGGGGUGCAGUCAGUUUUCCAGUUCAUCCCAAAGGUGUUCAGGGAUCCGUACAGGCCAUUCGAGUUCUUCCAGUCCAACCUUGACAAACCAUGUCUUCAUGGAGCUCACUUUGUGUACAGGGGCAUUGUCAUGCUGGAACAGGUUUUAGCUCCUUAGUUCCACUGAAGGGAAAUUGUAAUGCUACAGCUUACAAAGACAAAUCCUCAUGUGCUUCCAACUUUGUGGCAACAGUUUGGGGAAGAACUACAUUUGGGUGUGAUGGUUAGGUGUAUACAAACUUUUGGCCAUAUAGUGUAUCUAGCUACAGUAGCAUUAAGUUUAAUUUAGGUUAAAAAUGUCAGUACACACUUGCUUGCAGAGCUUGCUUUCAUUUCUCUUCUCCUGCAUUGGUAUACUACUACUACUACUACUAAUAAUAAUAAUAAUAAUAAUAAUAAUACAUUUUAUUUGUAUAGCACCUUUCAUACAUAAAAUGCAGCUUUAAAUGCUUCACAUGUCAAAACAAAGAAAACAUAAAUAGAAGAAAAAAAUUAACAAAUCAAGAACAAUAAAAAUCAACAAGUGUAAAAAGUAUAAAAUUAGGAAACAAUAAUAAUGAUAAUAAUAAUAUAUAUAAUAAAAAACAAAAUUGGAAAUAAUAACUAAAAGACAAAAUAUAUUAAUCAAAAGCUAAUUUAAAAAGAUAUGUCUUCAAAUGCUUUUUAAAAAUGUUAGUAUUUGGCAAUUUCAAUAGUUAAAAGAUUCUAGAUUUUUGGGACAUAAUGGCUAACAGCUGCUUCUCCUGUUCUCUCAAGGUUUACAUCAGAAACUCGCAUUGGAAGACCUCAAACUACAAAUUGAAACAUAUUUUGAUAAACAGUCAGACAGAUAUGAAGGUGCUAAAUCAUACAGUAAUUUAAAAAUCAGUAAAACCUUAACCAUAAAAUCAAUCCUGUACUUAACAGGUAACCAAUGCAAAUUAGCUAAAACAGGUAUAAUGUGAUCUCUUCUCCUGGAUCUUGUAAGCAAUCGAGCUGCAGCAUUGUGCACCAGUUGUAGUUUAUCCAAACAAUUCUUAGGCAAGCCUGUGUAAAGUGCGUUACAGUAAUCAAGGAAAGAAAAAAUAAAAGUAUGAAUCAGUUUCUUAGCAUCAUCCAGUGAAACAAAGGGUCGAAUUCUUGCUAUAUUGAUAAGAUGAUAAAAACAGGUCUUAGUAACGUAAUUUGUGCGACUUAAAACUCAGUUCAGAAUCUAAAAUUACACCAAGGUUCUUAACCUCUGUCUUUUGAGGAGCCAGAGCACCUAGUCCUCUUACAGUUCUUUCCCCUGCAUAAUUUGGACCAACAAUAAGAACCUGCGUUUUAUCCUCAUUAAAUUUCAAAAAGCUUGUGUUCAUCUGUGUCAUUAGGCUCCACCGAGAUAUAUAAUUGAUUGUUGUCAGCAUAGAAAUGGUAGCUUAUCUCAUGUUUUUGAAUAAUGUCACCCAGAGGCAUCAUAUAUAAUAUAAUACUAGGCUAAGUUAGAACUUACAAAUGCAAGAUAUAAAGUCCAAACAAUGGCAUCAGUGUUAAACACAGUGUAAAAACUACAGCCAAUCUGUGUGAGAAUAAAUGUUGAACCACUCUAGGAUAAAGACUGAUAUAUAUGAUCAGGUAGGCCCAGAAUAAUAACCCUGAGAACAUGCUGUAUGAGAAGUGGCACAACACAGGCCUACAUUCCACACUUCAUCUGGUGGAAUAAUGGUGAUUAACUCAGCCUUGAUGAGACCACGUCUCUGGCAUGAUAUGGAGUAGAGAUUACAGAUGAGCCACUUUUACAGCCCAAAACUUGAAACACCACAUUACAUAUUUGAGCUAUAUUGGUUCAGAUUCACAUGCUGUGAAAAUACUGCUGCUUACAUUUGGGCCAGCAUGCAUGUGCCUAAAUAAAAUUUGGCCUAUCUGGAAAGUGUGUACAUUGCUGUAGUAUGUCAAUAGGCUUGCUCAUGGUCUAGAUAUAAACUAAAUUUAUAACUGAUAUCCCAACAAGUGCUUCCAUGAGAUGGCUUGUUUUCUGGAAACAACUGAGGGUGAGAUAUGAAACCAGAGCACUGUUUUCUGUUUGCUGACUUUAUAGAUGUUCGAUCCAAGGUCAAAUGCCAGACCUAUUGAUUUUUAUGUGUCUAGAAGGCCUCACUGUUGUCCUCCAACUGAGAUAUAGAGUCAGCAUAUAACUGACAACAUUAAUGGUUGAGACAGACCCUCCAACAAAAACACACAAACCUUACAUGCACACACACAUACAUACACACACACUUUGCCAAUAUCAGAACUCAGACCAUAGCCAUUGAAAUAAUAUUCUCUCUGUACAGUACUUUUACACACAGGCCCCUUUAAUAGGAACACCUGUAUACUGGCAGGUUCGCAAUGCAUAAAAUCAUGCAGAUACAAGUCAAGAGAAAAUGGUUACACAC